CUGAGAUCUUGGAGGAGCCUUCGACAUGCCACGCUUUCUAAUUCCUACCUCGUUCUCACCUGCGCCGAGUGACGGCCUCGCAUUCCAUCUACGCAAUCCAACGGGUCAUGAACUCUCCGUCCAACCCAUCUCUGACACCGUUGUGCGUGUGGUGCACCAGCUCCCCACCGACAAGUAUCCCCAAAAGAUCAACGGUGCGAUUCAAUGGGAAGUUGCCGCUCCUGCGAGCGUCGAGAUCGGGAACACCUCCGCAACCGUCAAGACGAAGGCAUUGAGCGUCAAAGUUGACUUCUCCGAAGGGCCGCGUCUGGAGUGGUUCACCAAGGAUGGCACCCCGUUCCACGCGGACAGUAAGACGCGCGCAUACACCUACGAUGCGAUGUCGGGUGCUGUUUUACAUUACGUCGAGAAAGAAUCACCCAUCCCUGUUACCGAGGACCAGUACACCUGCGAUGGUCCCUUCGUACACCCCGACGUCAACGAAUACGUCUACGGUCUGGGGGAAUCGCGCGGACCGAUGAACAAGGUCGGCAAGAAGUUCGUCAUGGAGGGCCGUGACUCGCUCUCGUACGACUGGGAACACACCGACACACUGUACAAGACAAAUCCCUUCUACUCCGUGUACAACAAAAAAAACAAGUUGUGGUAUGGCGUGUUCUACAACAACAUCAGCGACACAAUGUUCGAUAUGGGCGCUGAGCACGAUGUUCUCUGGGGAUUCUUUAGAUGGUACAAAGCGAACACAGGUCCCCUCGAUUACUACAUCAUCCUUGGUGACGGGACCCUCCCCUCCGUCUUGACUGAAUACGCACGCCUUGUCUCGCCUUCGACUCCAGACAAAUUCGCUGCGUCUUUAACCCUCCCUCCGCUGUCGCAGCUCGGAUAUCUGUCGUCCAGCCUUGCCCUUGCCGCCGAACCCCACGCACAGGAGGCGGUGAUUCAGUUCCUGAGGGACUGCCGUACGAACGGGUUCCCUGUGGACGGCUUGUAUCUCUCAUCAGGCUGGUGUCAAGAUGAGGAAACAGGAAACCGCAAUUACUUCGUUUGGAACUACAGUCGUUACCCCACUCCAGCUGAGAUGGGACGGAUAGUGGAGAAAGAGCUCGGAAUCCAGCUCAUUGCCAACACGAAGCCUUGGUUGCUGAAGGUACAUCCACGAUACGAGGAAGCGCUUACGAAGGGAGCCUUCAUCCGACCCGCCCCCGAUGCUCCAGCCGGCGCCAAAGCCGCUAUGUCGUAUUGCUGGUCCGCAGGCUGGAACGCACACGCCCCUGCGUCGUAUUUCGACUACUCAUCACGCGCUGGAUCGGAAUGGUGGGGUACGGCUGUCAAGGAAGAACUCGUCGCGAACGAUGUCACUGGAAUCUGGAUCGAUAACAACGAGAUGUCGGGGCUGACGGACGACGACGAGCGGUACUCUGGCGAGCUCCCCAUGUCUUCGAUCAAGACAAUUGAGCAGCGGAUGGGCUGGAAUGGGGGUGAGACGCGUGUCGGGAGUGCGGGUAAGAUGAUGAAUAUUAUGGGUAUGGCUCGGGUGCGUUCCUCGUUGAUCUUUAGGUUCUGGUUGUCAGCUGAUGAUUUAUAGACGACCUACGAUGCAGUGAUCGCUGCUCGGCCUGAGCAUCGCCCAGUGAUUGUCUCGCGCUCUGGCUUGCCUGGCAUUCAAACAUAUGCGCAUGCGACUUGGAGUGGCGAUAACUCAACGACAUGGAAAGCACUCGAGUUUGGCACGAAGAUGACGUUGAGUGUUGGAAUGAGCUUUGGGCCUGGGUUGUUCGGUCAUGAUAUCGGCGGUUUCGCUGGUUCGCACCAUCCUGGCCCAGAGUUGCUCGUUCGUUGGUGUCAAAAUGGUGCAUGGCACACUCGGUUCACAGUGCACUCUGCGAAAGAUGUCUCGACCACAAUGUGGAUGUACGACGAUGUGCCUGGAAUCAGCGACCACAUCCGUGCAGCCCUCGCAUUCCGGUACCGCCUGACGCCGACGUUUUACUCAUACUACGUGUCCCACUAUCAGCGACACGGCUGGCCCGUUCUGAAACCUCUCUUGUGGCACCAUUCGGUUGAUCCGAAGACACUAGAGAUGGACGACGACUUCUUGUUUGGAUCGCAUAUCCUGGUUGCGUCCGUCACCCGUCAAGGCGCGACGACGCGCAAGGUCUAUCUGCCAUCUGAGAGCAACGAUGGUGAGAAGGGACUAGAUUGGUGCGAGCUGGACACGGGGGUCUGGCAUCAGGGCAAGGCAGACUUUGUCGAGCUCGACGCCCCGCUGAGUCGCACGCCUGUUCUGGUCCGAUCUGGUGGAAUCCUCGUCCUCGGUGGAGAAUGCAAACGCAACGUUUAUGACGGCGUUAACGAGCGGACGGCUCUCGUGUUCCCGGCUCCCGGCAAAGCAUCUGCCGGCAGCUUCACGCUGAUUGAAGAUGAUGGUGUUUCAAACGAGCAUCUGGACAAGGGCAUCUACACGGAGAUCCUAUUGACUUAUUCGGCGACGGCGACCGAAGUCGUGGUCGACUACGAGGUCGUUCAUGGCCAGUUCAAGCUGCCGUAUGAAGCUGUUUGGAUCCAACUGCCUAUCGGUGACCAGCGCAAGAUCGUCGUGAAGGCAGGCAAAAAAGAGGCCAAGGGCCCUGGUGGCCAGGUUGGUAUCUCUAUCAAUUUCUGAGAAGAGCUAGGUAGUCGAAUAUAUACCUUUGUAUUACUUACUAUGAUUGCGCAAGAGCAGUCUAUUGACGGUCCAGCAUCAGAUGAGAUGUUCUCGGAUCUCGGUCCGAACCUGGAUGAGAUGGAUUUCCGACUUUGCUACGUAGCUUUUUUUAUCUUCUGGAAGAUGGACCUGCGAAGAGAGAG